GCUCCCUGUGUACAUCACAAAAUCACAAUCCAGAAUUACCCCUUAGAUUCGAUUGGGUUUUCGCAUGGUUCUUACACGCUCAACUGGAGUCUCCAGCUAGCCUGAAAUCCAGUAAAGAUCGAUCAAUAUAUUGCUUAUUUGGUGCUGGCGAGGGAUUUCCCGUUUAGGAAACUCGGAUGAUCCUCCCUCAGCGCAGAUUGCCAGUGAUCACUUAUCAACUUGUGUGACUUUCUCACCUUGUGGACUUAAACUACUGAUCCUUGCCUCGUCUAUCAUACUUGCGGACGUACUUGCGAGGCGCUACGGUUGGGGCAACAGCUGUUCUGGUGAUUAUCCAAGCUGCUCAAUAUCGUCAAUCAUCGAACUCAGCAACCAUCACGCCCUGCGGCAUCAAAUCAUACUAUCAAGUCAAACUAACAAACAAACUAUUUUUGUGACCUCCAGUAGAACACUGCUUAUUGACCGCGCGGGGAGAUGUCAGAUCUAUACUGUCCACUACCCCCAGGGGACCAAGAUAUAUUUCGCUUUCGUUCCCGGUACGGCGUAAAUUUAGGAUCUACUUUCUUACACGGACCGUCCUCAACCAACGCCAUCUCAAGCAACUGCACCGAGCAAGAUGAGCUCGAAGCACUCAAAAGCUCCAUCGAGACCAACGGGCUAGAACCCACCUCCUCGAUAUGGGGAUCCCAUUGGCUUGGCGCGCUGAAGAAUGACGAUCUACUCUGGCUCAGAGACAGCGCACACUGCAACACGAUCCAGCUGUCCCUCGGAUUCUUGACUCUGGGUCCUCUCUUCAGCGAAGGCACACCCUUCGAAGGCCUGCCAUCCCAAGUCUACACCCGCUGCUGGAACGCCAUCAAACACCUCAUGGAACGAUGCCAUACCCACGGCAUUGGCGUCCUACUCACUUUCGACCCCACCGCUAAUGGGGUAGACCUCUGCUCCAGCGUGAAAACCCUCGCCCUAGCACGAGACUGCGUCGCCUUCAUCGCGCAGGAGGUGACCUUCCACGCACUACACGGUGUCGCGGGUCUCCGGAUCGCACUCCCUGAGAAGAACAACGAGGCAGACGCUUCGCGUCUCCGCGACUGGUGCAGGGAGGUGAGGAUGAUUGUGAGCGCCAUUGACGAAUUCCUACCGCUGUAUAUCAGUGCCGGUCUCGAAGGAACCGCGAAGUUCCACGACGACUGCGCGACACCCUUCCCACAGCUCGGAGCGGAUCUCGGACGAUCAGGCGCUACCACCAUCUUCGCACCACCAAGCCACCUGCUACUCUCGCGGGACCUCGUCCAGGCACAAGCCCAGCAAGCCCGGAUCGAGCGGCCGCAGCUGCUGAGGGAGGCCUUGUCACAGGUCGAGGCGCAGGAGAAGUCCUGCCAGAGCGCGGCCGGGCGGCAGAGUUUCGUCCACGGCUGGGACUUGGGAUUCAGCGAUGCGCUGCGGUUCUAUGAUGCCGCGGUCGAGGGCCUGUUGCCGCUGAGGAGGCCUGGGGGGGCGGAUAGGAUCGGGGAGGUGGAGCUCUGGGCUCGUCGGCGCGCGAGGGAUGUUGCACGGCUGGAGGGCGAUCAUCAGACCUGGGAGUUGGGGCUCCGACGCGGGAUUGCCGAUUUUGAUCGGUUCGUGGGCAUUUAA